UCUCACCUCCCAACUCAGAACCAUGGCCGGGGAAGGUGGACGCGGUCAGGUCGGGGGGAAGGGGAAGGAGCCGCUCUCCGAGUCCAAGGAGCACCUGGAUACCACCCUUUGCUUGCUCCAGGAGAAGAAGGAUGAGCAUGCUGAAGGAGUGGUCAACAAGGGAUUCGACAUCGUUGAUGGUGAGGAAUCAGUUCAAUCGGGAAUCGCACCACCUCCAGCGCCAACAGUGAAGAGAGAGGCGGAGGAAUCAUCAGGAGGGAGUGCUCCAAAGCUGCCUCGCUUAGCUGGGGAGAACCCGAAGAGGAAGGGGUCUACUGGGGGUUUCGUCGCAGACAGUGUUGAAGCUCCCGAGCCACCGUUAGAUUUAGGUUUCAGCCUUAGAGCUGCGUGGUCUGCACUUGAUCGCGGAAUCACGGCGGACGCCGUGCUGCAGGGUCUCAGGCACAACCGCCAGCCGGUUCCUGAAUCUUCUGCCCCGAAGUCCCCCCUCUCCCCAGGAGCCAUUGCUUGCCUCAUUUGCGAAGGCAAUGAAGCCACAACGUCUCUGAAGCCCAAGGGCUCCCACCGCUGCCUGUGUGCCCACUGCCUGAAGUUUACCGCGGAGGCACCUGACCUCCACCUGUGCAAGGUUUGCAAAGAGGAGCCAAGCAAAAAGUUCUCAAAAUCCACCUGAAGGAGGCCGGCCUCUGGGACCUUGAAGGCUUGAGAUGAAAUGAUGAUGGGAGUAGAUUUUUUUGGGACAUGUUGAUUUUGUUAGCGGCCAACGGGAAAUGAUUUUGCCUAGUGCAUUUUGCUGGAGCUAGUCUCAUCUGAACUACUUGACCUGCGCUGAUUAUGUGU